AUGAUUCGCAUGACAUUGAUAUUGUGCUUAAUAUUUUUUAUUGAAACUAAUGCAAGACGUCAUCGAUGUAUAGAUAGUGGUGUUCCAUUUCCGGAGAAAAUUUCCCGCUCACCCAUUAUCGUUUAUGGCGCAUCAAUAGAAAAACAAAUCUAUCUUCAAUCGAAGACUGAAUUGCUCUUUAAUGUUACACUUCAAGUUGACUGUAUUUUCAAAGGAGAAGAUGUUGAAAAGGAAAUAAAAAUUACUGAAGCAGGUAUUAAAGCAGACCAUACAGCUUGUCAAUCGCUUGAGCAGGGUUCAUAUUAUAUCGUUUUUCUUGAAAAAUGGGGAACAAAUACCAAUAGUUAUCGGCCAGUGGAUUUUCAUGAAGUGAUGUUUGACAAUAUGACAAAUGAAUUAUUAGAAAAAACAUGCCAUUUAACACGCAUUUCGCCAUUAAAUUCAACGAUCAAUGAAUGUCCGAAUGUAGCAACACAUCAAUAUUGUCCUCAUGAUGACAAUGAUGUGAGCAUAACGUCAAGUGAAGAAUAUUCAAAUAAUGUAUAUAAUUAUGAAAAAACUUCUAAUUUCGAUGAUGAUAGAAAAUCCAAUCAUCAAUCACAUGUAAUAAUAACAAAAGAUGGAUCUGUAGCAACGCAUAGUAACAUUCAUUCAAGAAAUGAUGCACGUUCAUCAGCUACAAAGUGCAUUUCAUUAAUUAUUAUUAUGAUCAUGAUUAGCUAUGAUUUUGAAAUGUUUAAUAUUAGUCAAGACUAUGUUUAUUCUUAUUGA